AUGGGAAAGCCCAUCAUGUGGAUGUUCGGGUGGCAGAACUGCGCAGGUAUCGUUGGCAGCGUCAUCGCUUACGGCCUCUCUUACCUCAACGGCAGAGGAAAUCUGUCUGGAUGGCAAUGGGUGUAUCUUCUCGAAGGUCUCUUCACCGUGCUGUUCGCUGGCAUCGUCUGGUGGCGCCUGCCAGACUACCCAAAAUCAAAGAGCUCCAACAGCUGGCUCACGGAACGGGAGCAGGAGUACCUCGAAGUUCGUUUAGCCGCUAACGCGCCCAGGACUGGCGACUCAGCGUUUUCCAAGUCCGAGAUCAUUGCGUCGCUGAAGAAUCCGAGGACAUACUCAUUCUGCGUCAUGCAGGUAUUCAUGAACCUUGGUGGCUAUGGGUUACAAUGGCAACUGCCCACGGUAACAACGAGCCUCGGCUUUGCGGGUCUCCCAAGGAAUCAGUUGCUCAACAUUGCACCAGCAGCCGCAUCUGUGCUGGCGAUCAUCUUUGCAGGCUGGUUCCUCGGCCGAGCAUACUUGACGCGCCCGCAAAUCGCCAUGUUCAUCUGCGCAGGGGCAUUGUCUUUCUUCCUCGUCCUUCUAUUUGAUGUCAGCAAUAUUGCCACUUACAUGGCCUGCAUUUUCGGAACCAUGUUCUACUCGGUUUAUUUCAUCCCUUUCUGGGCAUGGCGCUCGGCAACGCUGGUAGGUACAACUGGGACAGCCUUCACACUGGCAUUCCAGUCCUGUAUUGGGCAAGUUGGAGGUGUGGUAGCCCCACAGCUGUUCCGCUCCAAGUAUGCAUACAACGGCUACAAAACGUCGUUCGGAAUUUGCGCUGGAGCCAUUGGUAUUAGCUGGAUUGCUAACCUGUGGACUUGGUAUUUGACUGCCAAGAACGAGAAUGACAUUCGAAGGGUCAAGAGGCUCAGAAUCAAGGCCCACAAGGAAGGCCGUGUCUGGGCUGCACUUCAGAUCCAGUACAAGCAAACACAGAGCGCGAACAUGAGCGAGUUCAAGACAUCUCCAAAGCACCCUGAGCUGCAAGAUGUGCGAGAAACAGCGGUCACCAAGCAUCCAGUGCGCUGGUAUCGAAGCACCUGGUACAAUGCAACAAUUCUUGGUCUCUGCAACUUCGCUGCUCCGGGCAUCUGGGGUGCGAUGAACAGCUUGGGCGCUGGCGGAGCACAGAAGCCAUAUUUGGUUAACACGGCCAAUGCUCUGACAUUCUUACAUCGGCAUAAAAGGAGCCUGAUCUUUGGCACGCUCGGCUACGCACCAUAUGCCGCCGGUCUUUACACCAACAAUCGUUUCGGGACCGAGUGGCUGGUCCUUCUGGGUGCCGCGCUUUGCGGAAUAAGUGCAGGUGUAUUCUGGGCGGCAGAGGCUGCGAUCGCGCUUGCGUACCCGGAGCCUUACAACAGAGGAAAAGUCCUAGGAUACUGGCUCACCUAUCGGCUUGGCGGCCAGAUUCUUGGUGGUGCUAUCAACCUUGGUCUUAACGCAGAUCGAGACCAGGCCGGGAAAGUGUCGUACACAGUGUACCUGAUCUUUAUCGCCAUCCAAGCUGUCGGACCAGCAGUGGCAUUGCUUCUGAACAGGCCACACAAGGUGGAAAGAACCGAUGGACUGAAGGUCGACCUGAGUAUCUUCAACAAUCCCUUGAAGGAGUUGAAGAUUGUGACCAGGACAUUUUUCAGCAAGAAGUACCUGCUGCUGGUUUUGUUCAUUGGACAAGCGGUGUAUGCCGAAGCAGUGUUCUUCACUUACUUGUCCCUCUGGUUUUCGGUUCGCGCUCGAGCGCUUGGCUCCUUCCUGUCAGGCAUUAUCGCUGUCACCUGUGGCAAUGCUCUAGGUUUCUGGCUUGAUAGAACAUCGGUCAAGCUUGCAACAAGGUCCCGGGUCGCAUUCGGCGUCAUCGUCACCCUCCAAGGCGCCUGGUGGUUGUGGGCAACAGUUCUUGUCACCAAGUUCAGAGACUCGCAACCAACAUACGACUGGACGAGCAGCGGAUUCGGCCAUGCGUUUGUGCCUUACUUGUUCUUGACGGCAGGUUUCCAGAUCAACUACUUGUUCUGUUACUUCCUUGUCGGGCAGCUCGCCAAGGAUCCAGCAGAGGUCAUCCGUUACGCGGCUCUUCUCCGAGGGACUGAGUCGGCAUGGCAGGCCGUUAGCUAUGGGCUGAACUCGAUCCCAAUCAUCGCCUCGGUCGGCGGAGUGUACAUCAAUUUUGGGCUAUGGGCAGUCGCCAUCUUCCCGACAUGGCUGGUGGUCAGACACUUCGGAAACGACAAUGUCGCUGCUGCUGCUGCGCUUGCUCAGGAGAACUCGGGAGCCGUCCAAGAAAUUGCUGGGUCUGAUGCUUCUUCUGAGAGCCGAUCGCAGACCGGUAAGCUCGCAUGA